UUAUCAGUCAACAUUCUUAAUUUUUAUUGCAAUUCAUUUUAUAAAUUUAAUCAACAAUCAAAAAGAUUUAAAUGCUACAAAAAUUCAUCAAUAAAUAAAUAUUUUUAAUGCUACAAAAUUUAUUGAAAAUCAGCGAAAGUUUUAUUUAUUUAAAAACCGAAUAAAAAUAUUGGACACGAAUGAUAUUUCCAUUUAGGUAUACUGUCAGUGUGAUAGUAUGGACAAUUCCCAGAUUAUUCACCGUAACAAAAGACUCAACAAUAAAGAUUCCAUGAAUAAUUCAGAGGAGUUAAUACUGAGGAAUUUAUCUAAUCAUCGUUUAUCAUUCCUAAUUGAAAAUGAUCCCACAAACCUUGACGAUAUAAGCGAACAAAAUAGUGACCAAGAGUUAAAUCGCCCAAAACCUAGCAAAUUAAGUGGGGCGGGGUUAACUGCUGCCGAACACAGAAUAUAUGAAGACUCGGAUACCGCUUCCAACAAAUGGAUGAAAAAUUCUUUGUAUUUCAUUCGCCGGCAAACGCUUUUAGAAUUUGAGAAAAGGCGUAAAAGUUGGAAGAGAUUAAAAUCCUCCGAAUGGUCUACAUGGGGUAAAUGGUUAUUCGUUCUUGGAUUGAUAACUACUUUCUGGUGCAUAGGCUCGUUGGUUUGGAAACUGGCUUAUAUCGACUUUUACCUGUAUCAAAUGCGCGAGGAUAAACAAUUCAUUAAAAAUGAUCUGCAAAGAAUGUUACAAACUGAAAGAGCGGGUCGAAACGUGGAAAUAAACUACGAACCAAUUAUAAGAAGGACGUGUACCACAGAAAAUUUCAAAUUUAUCAUAUCUCUCAUCGUGUGUUGCAUAGCUUCGGCGUUCGGUUUCCUAUUGAUAUGUUGCGGUUUGGCGGGCAUAACUGUUGAAGUUGAGGAAAAUUUGGAAGAAGAACUAAUGGAUUAUUUAAAGAGUGUAUGCAGUAAGGAACCCGGAGAUUUAUCAGCACCAAUAUAUUCGAGUAACCAAACAUUGUACGAUGGUCAUAGAGAGGAUCCUGAACCCAAAUCGGAUCAAGAUGUAAGAGACUUAAGAAAUAUUCAAUCGUGUCCCGAUAAAAUCCUUAAUAAAAACAGUUGCCAUAUCUUAAAUAAAAAUGCCAAAUCUCAACCGGACAUUUCGCGAACGUCCGCUAUAUACAAGGACGGGAAAAGUUUAAAGGGUAACGAGGUGCUUCCCCUGAUACGUAUGAACAAAGCCGAAAGCGGCAAAUCACAGUAUUUUGACGCUCUUCAGUGAUAUUUAUAAUUUAUUUGAAAAGCAAUUAUUUUAUUAUUUUUGGAAUCUUGUCAAAGGAUGCUAAUAUCUUAUACUACUUUAAACUUAAUAUGUAUAAUAUCUAUUUAUUUUUUUCUAAAAAUAAAAUGAA